AAACUGGUUGUACAGACGUAUUAUCUUUAGUUCAAUUAACUCUUUCCAUCGACAUUGGCGAAAUAUCUCCGUGGUAUAAAUCAUCGAGCUGCACGCGUAACAAUUACAGUCAACCCCCGGAUCUCCUGGCGUAGGUGUUGUUCGGGCGCGACCAGGUUGAAACAUGGAGAACACGUGACCGCGUGAUAAAGUGACGGGACACGAGGAACAGUGCGAGAGGAAGAAGAUUAGAUUCCGCGAGUGAGCGCGGGGGCGAGUCUGGACCGGACGAAAAAGCGAUGCCAAGAGCCGCGAGGACGAUCAAGUCACAUCGGUACCGUGCGACCCGCGAUUGAGGUCACUGAAUUCACUCGAAGCCGCUGGUGUUAGGCUCGUUUGCCAGUCGCGACGACUAGGUCGAGGCGAAGAUGAAGAACAACUCGAGCAAUUCGAACCAUGAAAAGAACGGGCCGGAGAACCUGAAGCUGCUACAGGUGCCGACGACACCACCCGCGACGCCGUCGUCACCCACGACGCCGACCAGAGCCCUCGAUGAUGUCUUCAAGGAGCUGCCGAUCACCGAUGACACCUCGUGUGGCAUAUGGUGCCUUAAAGGUCCAACUUUGCAAAAAUUCGCCAACAAGAAGGCAUACGUAUUUCUCUAUGGUGUGCUCGGCUGCAUAUUUUCCGCCAGUUACGCCUAUUUCAAUGGUACCAUCACCACCAUAGAGAAGAGAUUUAAAAUACCCUCGAAAACGACAGGUCUCAUCACAGUGGGUAACGACAUCUCGCAGCUUUUCGUAUCUGUCGCCCUCUCGUAUUACGCAGGAAAGGGUCACAGGCCUCGAUGGAUCGCUUUCGGUAUUUACACCGUUGUACUUUUCUGUUGUCUUACGAUGCUACCGCAUUUUCUCUACGGGCCUGGCGAGGACGCCCUGUCUCUGACCAAAGAAUACGGGGCAAAACCGCAAGGUACACCGAACACAAGCGAAAUUCCUGACAAACAUCGGAAAUUUCUCUGUUUGGGCAAAGAAACUCGCGGACCGGAUUGCGAGAUGGAAGAGGGGAACUUUGCGCCGCAGGUGAUCCUCUUUAUAGCCCAGCUAGUGUCCGGAGUGGGUGGUUCUCUUUAUUACACCCUCGGUGUAUCGUACAUGGACGAUAAUAUACAGAAAUCGAAAACACCGGCACUGAUCAGUUUCUCGUACUUUCUACGAAUGCUGGGACCCGCCAUUGGAUACGGACUGGCCUCAUUCUCCUUGAAGUUCUACAUCAGCCCUACUUUAUCUCCCACUAUCACGAUGCAAGACCCAAGGUGGUUAGGCGCCUGGUGGCUAGGAUGGAUUAUUCUGGCCAUCCUCCUUUUCAUUUUCGCAAGCGUGAUCGCUCUCUUCCCGAAGACUCUGCCAAGAGCGGCCGCUCGCAAAGUCCUAGCUCUGGAACGCAACAAAUCUGCCGCGAGUAUCAAGGGCGAGCAAGAAUCGGAGCUACCGGCAUCGAUCUCGGACAUGUUAAAAACGUUUAAGCGCCUGCUGACGAACACGACUUUGAUGUGCAACAAUCUCGCGACAGUAUUUUACUUUAUGGGCUACAUGCCCUACUGGAUUUUCAUGCCCAAGUAUAUUGAGACCCAGUACAAGCAAUCGGCGUCCGUCUCGUCGUUAAUCACCGGUACGGUCGGCUUGGUAUUCAGUGCCUUUGGGAUUCUGCUGUCCGGCUUGAUCAUCUCUAAGUAUAAGCCGAAAGCUAGAUACCUGGCGGCGUGGAACGUCAUGAUUGGCGUUAUAUCAAUACUAGGAAUGAUCUCUUACGCUUUUCUCGGUUGCUCGGCAAACGACAAUCAGAUUGCUAUUCAGCCGAACGGUGUUUUGAAAACGCAACUACCUUGCAACGAACAGUGUCAUUGCGACUACGUCACCUAUAAUCCUGUGUGCUCUGAGCACGGACAAACAUUUAUAUCUGCAUGUCACGCUGGCUGUCGCAGCAUGAAGCUUUACAAUAACGGCAGCAAAGUCUAUACAGACUGCAGUUGCGUAAAAUCGAAAUUGGCUCGGUCCCUGGCGCAUCCAUUCGCUAACAUUACGUCCUAUCCAUUCUCUACCGAAGUCCCGUUGGAAACGACCGAACCCACCGUGGAGAUUUUGGGAACGGCUAUUCCGGGUUCAUGUCCGGUAGAUUGUAUGCAGAAGUUCUAUAUCUUUUUGGCGGUAGUGUGUCUUCUCAAGUUUAGCGGCGCAACGGGAAGAGCAUCGAAUUUCUUAGUUUCCGUAAGAUGCGUCGAUGAGAAGGACAAGGCGGUAGCCAUGGGCUUCGGGUUAAUGAUAAUGAGCCUUUUCGCCUUCAUACCAUCGCCUAUUUUAUUUGGAUUUAUAUUAGAUAAAACCUGUCUUGUUUGGGGUAAAACUUGUUCGGGGACAGGGAAUUGCUGGUUGUAUAACGGUGAGGCAUUGAGGUAUUUGCUGAAUUUUACCGCAGCCAGUUUCGUAACGAUCGGUACACUAUUCGACGUGGGCGUUUGGUAUUUUGUCAAAGACGUGAAGAUCUUUGAUGAAGAAAUCGAAUUAGAAGAUAUAGCCGAGGAGCCUGGUGAGACGCUUUAAAGAAUAAUUAAUGAUCAAGAUUCAACUCCACUUUCGACGUUGCGCAGGGAGAGACUUCGAUCUUCGGAAGUCUUCGGAAGAAGGAUCGAACGACGAACGCGAAGCGAACGAGAACCGACAAAUAAAGACUUUACAAGUACCUUAAGCACCUCCUUAGCUAUUUAAAGCUCGUAGUAACCUAGAUAGAACCGACUGUUGGUAGAUCACCCAUGGUGUUCGCGAGAGAAGAGCGUGAUCACUGAUCUUUUAUUAAUUAUUUUACUAUUUUAAUUUACUUUAAUUAAUUAUUUUUAUUACAAACACUAAUGUAAUGAGAGAAUUCAUCGUACGUACGGUAUAAAUAUUCGCUUUAUUUCGGACUCAUAUUUGAACGAAAAAUAAUGGACGCCAAAUCAGCAUGUAUAAUGUAUACAUACGCUUCCUAUACAUCGUUGUGAAAGCUAAAAACAAUGAUUCACAUGCUACCGUGGACUAUCCAUAAAGUUAAAUAAUUGUACAUAUAAUGGUUAUACCUUGAAUUAGUAAAAAACAAUAAUUUAUCCACUCAUAAUGAAAUAAAAUGAUGAUGUAUUCGCUGUUAUUAUAACGCGUUAGAAGGAAUUUUAAUCUAUAUAUAAGUUGAUACUAUAAAACAACACACAAAGUCAUUACUAGCAGACAGGUAAAUGAAAUAAUUCACCAAAUUCGGAUAUAUGAUAGGAUUUUAAUUGUACAAUAAAUAUGAAAAAGAUU